AAGACUUUGUAAUGAAAGUCUUCAGAGUUUCGAAUGAAUAAGAAGACGAAGGCCCAUGGCUUUAUUAUUUUAGGAUGAAUGAUGAGUUAUUUUAUAAUUUUUGGAGAUUCUAGCUAUGGAAUUCACCUCUGAAGAUCAUAUGUUAAUAUGCUGUAACUGUUUUUCAUUUCUCUGCCUAUUCAGGAAUUCAGCAAUUUCUGCACAAAUAACAACAUUAUUUCGAAGAGGUAUGGACGAAAAGAGAACUAAAAGUGUUUGUAAAGGAAUUCCAAAGGAUGGUUUUCAAGUGCAUUGGGACUAAAAAGUUAAUUGAGUUGCAUUUAGUGGAGUAAAUUAAUGGAUUACCUUUACGGUUUUGCGUCUUCUAUUUCAAAAGAUUUGUUAUGUGGAGCUGUAAAUCAAUUACGUUAUCCUUGUUGCUUUAACAAUUUUGUCGAACAACUUGCAAAAGAAGAAGGUAAUUUGAUUGCAACAAGAGAUAGUGUCCAAAACCGUGUUGCACAUGCCAAGAAACAAACGAGAAAGACUUCUGAAGUUGGUGACAAGUGGCUAAAAGAUGCUAACAUUGAAGCAAGCAAUGUGAAUCAGUUGCUGAAAGAGGCAAGAAUUGAAAAAAGUUUUUGUUUUGGGCACUGUCCAAAUUGGUUUUGGAGAUACCGCAUAGGAAAGAAGUUAGCAAAUAGAAAAGGGGACAUUGAAAAGCGCAUUAAAGAAGGUAGAAACUACAUAGAAUUUGAGAGUGUUGCUACACUUCCUUCAGGCACACAUGGUUUUCUUUCAGAAAGGUGUUUGAAUUUUGAGAGUAGACAACCUGCUUAUGAACAACUAAUGGAAGCUCUGAAAGAUGAUGAGGUCACCAUGAUUGGAUUGUAUGGGAUGGGGGGUUGUGGAAAAACCACAUUAGCAAUGGAAAUUAGGAAGAAAGCAGAAGCAGAACAGCUAUUUGAUGAAGUGAUUUUUGUGCCUGUGUCUAGUACAGUAGAAGUUCGAAGGAUCCAAGAAAAAAUUGCAAGUUCAAUACAAUAUACAUUUCCAGAAAAUGAAGAACUGGAGAGAGCUCAACGCUUGUACAUGAGGCUAACCCAAGAAAAUAAGAUUCUUGUGGUCUUGGAUGAUGUGUGGGAGAAGCUUGAUUUUGGUGCUAUAGGGAUUCCCUCCGUUGAACAUCAUAAGGGUUGCAAGGUUCUCAUUACUACUCGAUCAGAAGAAGUUUGUACUCUCAUGGACUGCCAAAAGAAAAUCCAAUUGCCAAUCUUAACGGAUGAAGAAGCUUGGACUCUUUUUCAAAAGCAAGCACACAUAUUUGAAGGAACCUCUGAUACCUUGAAGCAUUUGGGAAGAAAAAUUUCAGAUGAAUGCAAAGGAUUGCCGGUUGCCAUUGCAGCUGUUGCUAGUAGCUUGAAGGGCAAAGCUGAGGUGGUAUGGAGGGUUGCAUUGAAUAGGUUCACAGGUUUGAAGCCACUGAAUAUUGGAAGGGGUUUGCAAAAUCCUUACACGUGCCUACAGUUGAGCUAUGAUAAUUUGGAUACUGAAGAAGCUAAAUCACUCUUUUUAUUGUGUUCUGUGUUCCCUGAAGAUUCUGAAAUACCAGUAGAACUUUUAACAAGGUUUGCAAUAGGGUUAGGUGUAGUUGGAGACGUUCAUUCAUAUGAAGAGGCAAGGAAUGAAGUGAUUGAAGCCAAAAUUAAGCUCUUAAGUUCUUGUUUGUUGUUGGGUGUGGAUGAUAAAAGUGUCCAAAUGCAUGAUUUAGUUCGCCAUGUAGCUCGCAGGAUUGCAAAGGAUGAGAAUAAAAUAAUUGAGUGUGCAUUGGAACAAAAUGUAACUUUGGAGCACAAUUCGAUGAGAUAUUUAUGUUGUGAAAAAAUUCCAAAUGAAUUGGAUUGUACCAAGCUUGAGUUUCUAUACUUGUAUACAAAUUUGGAUGUGCCAAAUGGAAUUUUCAAAGGAAUGAGAAUGCUCAGAGUUUUGUUUCUUUACAAUAAGGGUAGGCGUAGAAGGCCAUUGUCGGCAAUGUCAUUCAAAUCAUUGACAAAUCUUCGCUGCAUACUCCUACGUAACUGGGAAUUAGGCGACAUCUCAUUUCUGGGUGAUGUGAAGAAACUUGAAAGUCUUACAUUGCACAAUUGUUUAUUUCUUGAGUUACCAGACGUUGUGGUUACACAAUUGAAAAAUUUGAGAUUGUUGGAUUUGUCCGAAUGUGACAUGAAACAUAGUCCUUUUGAAGUGAUUGGAAGACACCCACAAUUAGAAGAAUUGUACUUUGUUGAUCAUAGAUCAAAAUGGGAUUUUUACAAUGAACACACUGCUGAAUUCUUCCAAAAGUUUAGAGUCCCCCAAGUACUGCAAAGGUAUCAUAUACAUUUAGGAAUUAUGUUUGCUGGUUUCCAAGAAGAGUUUCCUAAUCGUCACAGAACCUUAUUUCUUAGUUAUUUGGAUCCAUCUAAUGCAGCAGUUAAGGAUUUGGCCAAAAAGGCUGAGGUUUUGUGUCUAGCAAAUAUUGAGGGAAGCGCAAAAAAUAUUCUCCCUGACAUAUUUCAAAUAGGAGGAGGUAUGGAUCCUUUGAUUGAACUUCUCAUACGUGACUCUAAGAUAGAGUGUUUGAUUGACACCAGCCAUCAUUUGAGCGAGGUAGGAGCACAAUUCUCCAACUUGCAUUGGCUUAGAAUCGAGCACAUGAAGAAUUUGGGAGCCUUGUACCAUGGUUCUCUGCCUCCUAUUGGCCAUUUUGAGAAAUUACAGAACCUGCAUUUAAGCCAUUGUCCAAAACUGACAUGGCUUUUCACACAUGCGGUUGCUCAAAACAUGGUACAGUUGGAAAAAUUAGAAAUAGCAUCUUGUCUUGAAUUGAAGCAUUUAGUGACUAACUAUGAUGACAGAGAGGAGAUAAGUACAAAUGAUAAAAGGUUGUUGUUUCCAAAGUUAAAAAGGCUCCAUGUCAGAGAGUGUGACAAUUUAGAAUAUUUAAUCCCAAUCACUUAUGCUCAGGGUCUUGUACAAUUAGAGUGUUUGGAAAUUGUAUGCAAUAAUGAGUUGAAAUACUUGUUUGGCCAAUGCACAAAUGGAGAUCAUUUGGUUGGUCAGGAUCAAAAUGAACUCAAUAUUGAGCUUACUUCCCUAAAAGAGCUUACUCUCAUUAUGUUGCCAGAGAUGAUUAGCAUUUGCCCUGAAGUUUAUCUAACAUGGCCAUCUCUUCGUCAGUUUAGUCUGCAAAAUUGUCCAGGCUUCUACAUUGUGUCAAUCAAUACUUGCUUGGCUUUACAUAACAAUCACAUAAUUAAUGAAGCUUCACAACUAACAGUGCAAAAUAUAAAAGAAGUUCGGGUCAAUAAUUGUGAGUUAGAAGUUAUAUUUCAAUUGGCAGAACUAAACAUUGAUGGAAAACAAGAUCCGCUAACAUCUUGUUUAGAAAUGUUGUAUUUGGAGAAUCUGCCUCAACUGAGGUUUAUAUGUAAAGGCGAUUUACAAUCCAGAAAACUCCUCCAAAAUCUUCAACAAAUGGAGGUAACUGGAUGCAAAAAAUUAAAAGCCAUCUUUUCAGCCUGUAUCUCAGGUGGCUUGCCUCAAUUGAAAGAGCUGAAGAUAGAAAAUUGCUAUCAGCUACAACAAAUCAUUGAGGAUACGGAGCUUCAAAACUCAGGACCAUUCAAUUUGCCAAACCUUACAAGGCUAACUCUAAAAUCAUGUCCAAUUUUGGGUUCAUUGUUCACAACUUCCACUGCUAAAACCAUGACUUCAUUGGAAGAAUUGAUGAUAGAAGAUUGUCGUGGUUUGGUCCAUAUACUAACUUAUGGAAGAGCUCAUACGAAUAAAAAAGAGGAAAUGAUUCAAGAUGAUCAUGGCUUUCAGAGUUAUGUGCCAAUGUUUCCAAGUUUGAAAAAGUUGAGUAUUUUGAGAUGUAACUUGUUGGAGAAAAUAUUCCCCAUCUCAUUUCCUAGAGGCCUAGGGCAAUUGGAAACCAUCGAAAUUAGAGAUACUCCUGAGUUGAGACAUGUAUUUGGUCAAAUCAUUCAUUCUUCCCAUCAAUACCAAAACAAGUUCCAAAUUGAGUUUCCUGUAUUGGAAAAUGUUGCACUUCGUAGUACACAAGAAAUAAUCGACAUUUAUCCAGAAAAUUAUUCUACAACACAGUCACCUAUCGAUAAUUUGAUGGUUGAUUCAGAAGAAACAGAUUCUGAUCAUAGUUCUAAAAUGGAUUCAAGGGCAACAUGUAUGAUGAUUAAGCCAAAGUUAGUAUCUGUUAUUAUUGACAACAGCUCCAAAGUCAAAGAUAUUUUCCAUCUAGAGGGAUUUCCUACCAAUGGACAAGAAGUGACUUCGUGCUUAGAUACCCUAAAGUUAUUUAAUUUACCUGAGCUAACGUAUGUAUGGACUAUUUCAAAACAUUUUGUGAGCCCUCAAGUUCAACAUCUUCGUGAACUACACAUUUGCAACUGUCCAAAACUAAAGGCUAUCUUCUCUGUCUCUAUCUCAAGAGUGCUACCUUUAUUGAAGAUCCUAGUUGUAGAACAUUGUGAAGAAUUGGAGCACAUCAUCGAAGAUGAAAAAGAAAAUGAAAAUGUCUCAAAUCCUCAAGCUCCAAAAGUAUGCUUUUCUCAACUUAAAUUUCUUCUUGUCACACACUGCAACAACUUGAAGCAUUUGUUCUUUAUUUCCAUUUCCCAUGAGUUUCCAGAACUAGAGUAUCUGAUCCUAAAUCAAAAUUCUCGACUAGUGCAAGUGUUUGAAAGUGAAGCAGGUGUGAGAGAAGGGAGGGUGGAGAUUUUGCUUCCAAAACUGAAACAUGUAGUAUUAAUGCAACAACCAGACCUCAUUAACUUCUGUCAAGGGAUUGAAUUUCAGAUUGUGAUUAAUCUUCUUGUGCAUAAUUGUCCAAAGUUCUCACUGACUUCAACAACCACUGUUGAGGACAUGCUGCAAAUCUCUAAUUCGGAUAAGGAAAUUCACUUCUACCUCCGUCCUCACUUACUUGACAUACGUGGUAUCCUAACAAAAGGAAAAGAGGUCCUUACAUUGAAGAAAGAAAGCAAAGGGACACAAGAUUUGCAAUCAUUGGACCAGAAACUACCACCAAACUUGAUAGAUCACAUUGAAGAAACAAAAACAAACAUCAUUGGCAAAGUUUCGGCAUUAGCAAUACCAACUCCUGCUUCAAUACUUAGUAGGCGAUCUUUCACUUCUUCUGCAACUCAUCUGUAUAAAAUACCUUUGGAUGAUAUUGAGGACAUAGUGAAAGACAUCAUUCAGGAUGAUGAGGCUUCAUCUGAUGAAGACACGGUACCAGAUUCCCAGGUGAUUGAACAAGGUUAUAGGCCAAAUGAACAUAGGAGACAAAUUUCACCAUGUCAGAAGAUCCAAAAUGUUGAUGACAACGUCCACGAAGGAACUAACUUCGUUGAUAAAGAAGGUGAAAUAGGUGUUGUUUAUAAUGAUAACAUUAUGACUCAGAGAAAUGAAGAACCAAAGAAGGAGUUUGUUACAGAAGUUUCAACUUCAGAUAUACCAGGAAUAGAAGCUUCGUUAAGCAACUUGGAACUGGUUGAAAGGCCAUCUCCGAGUUAUUUGGAUGUUAUUCUAUAUAAAACUCACCCAAAGACAAAUGGGUUGAUGGAUGGAAAAUCGAUGAGCAAACCAUGUUUGGUGAACCAUUACCAACAAAAGCCACUUGGAGAAAUUGAAAGUACCGUUGAAAUUCCUAAGAGUGAAAUUAGUGGGCACAGCCAAACUGACACAAACAGUGCUAAAGAAAGUGAAGGCCACCCUAUAAAUAUUCUAGAAUUUAUGGCCAAUGAUCUCAAGAGUUUAUUUCAACCUGUGGAGGAAAAUGGUGAAGGUCUAGUAAAUUCAUCUUCUAUUACUGAAGAUAACCAUGUUGUGCAUGCCCUUGCUGACCUUGAAAGGUGUCUAAAGAUGCCUCUGAAGGACAUAGCUACCUCUGAGACUAACAGCAUUCUUCUUUUGACUGCUCUUAACUUCUUGUCCAACCUUCCUCUAGAAGAUGUAACUCUACCAAAUGGACUUAAAGAUAUUAUAGACUUUAUGCACAAAGAGUUCCCAAGCAUUCUAUGUUCCUUCAGGCAAGCCUUUGCCACCACUGACAAGUUGGUAGUGCUUGAAGCUCGUGGGAAGGAAGAAGCCAUUACUCUUGCUUGCAAAAUUUCAGAUGCAAAGAAUUUUAUGGAUGAAGCUCUAAAGAAGGAAGCGGUUUUGAAGGAAAGAGUCAUCAGACUGAAGAAAGAAAUAAAAGAUUGUGAGGCUGACUUAUCUUCUCUUCAAGAGGAAAAGAAGAAAUGCAUAGCAGAAACUAUGGGGUACCAAGAGGAGUUUGAAAACAUGAGGAAAGACAAAUCUCAAAUGGUGGAAGAUCAAAGAAAAGUUCGACAAGAAUUAUUUGAGCUUGGUUACAAAUGGUCAACUUUGUGCAGCCGAUUUGAGCACAAUCGCAUUGUUGCUGGAAAUCUCUCUUGAGCAUUGUUCUUGUAUUGUUUGAAUUGAAAUAAAGAUUAAAAGAUGUUGGAUGUUAAUCAAUAAAAAAUAUUACUUUUUUGAA